UCAUCCGUUCCGGGCUGUUAUAUUUCUGUUCCUAAUGUGGUUUAAUUAAUACGUUUAAUCAAUAUGAGUUCUUCAAACAGCUACAUUAGCUCUUUGGAGCCUAAUGACCGAACCAGGUAUUUUGAGAAAUUAAUGGUAAGUGUCGAAGACGCCGGCGAUAGUUCAAACCCGGAAGUGACUGGUUCGGCGGUGACUGGUGACGGUGUACGCCUACCUGACCCAUACAGUCUGACAGGUUGGAAGGAUGAUUUGAGCCUCUGGCCAGAUACGGACUAUGGGUGCAUCUACACCUACCUAAUCGAGGCUCCAGGUCCGUUUAACGGAGAAGCCAUGAAAGCCUAUAAAUCCCUGGAGGCGUACAAUCUCUUUAUAAGUGGCCAUGUGAGGGAGUGCAGGUACCACCCUAUUGGAAAAAAUGUGAAGGUCUGCUUCCUUAAGGCCAAGGUUGUGCCAGGACAGAGAGUAACAGAGACUCCUCACAACCCAUGGGUGUGUUUGACCAAAAAAGAGGGUUAUGUCAUGGCAGCUCACUGCACUUGUAUGGCAGGAUUGGGAGAGGUCUGCAGCCAUGUGGCUGCACUGCUGUUCGCAGUGGAGGCCUCCAGGUCUCUUCAGGAAAAACGGACGUCAUGCACCAGCAGAAAGGCCGUGUGGAACAAAUAUUACAAAGAUAAGGUUGAUCCACAAAGGGCUGAGGACAUGGACUUUUCGCACCCUAAACAUGGAGUCCAGAUCAAGAAGGCGCGCCGGAAGCCGCAGUGUGAUGUGCCACCACUCAGUGAAGAAGAGGCCGCUUCUGCUUUCUCACAACUGAGGAAGCUGUGUCCCACUGCCAGUGCUGUCAUUAAAGAGGAGGAGGACACAGACACAGCAUCAGAAGAUGAGUCAGAUGUCAACACAGAGACGCUUCCCCCUGUGGUAUACAGGUCUUGUCAUCCAGCCAAAGUCCCUGUUACUAGUGUUAGUGUAGACAGCAUCCUUGAGGAUGUUCGGUGCAACCCCGAGCAAAUCACAAACCUCAACAAAGCUACAGUGGGGCAGUCCAAGUCUGCUUUAUGGCGUCAGCAACGCAAGGGUCGUGUGACUUCUACAUCCAUGCAUGAUGUCCUUCAUGCAUCAAACCCCACCACUGCAGUACGGAAGGUCAUGCAAUAUGACUGCAAGGAUUUGAGCCAAGUUCCAGCUAUACAAUGGGGGAUGAAACAGGAGGAGAAGGCAAGGCAACAGUACCUGGAAGCUACCUUGUGCAUCUGCAAGGAUGUGAAGUUGGAGGAAGUGGGGCUCAUUCUCUACAAGGAUUUUCCCUUCAUAGGUAUAGCUAAUUUUGGCUCUUACUUCAAACUUAUGAAGUAUAGUACAUGUAAUUGAGUACCAACUACACAAUGUCUAAUUGACUUAUGAUUUUGUUGAUGUAACAAUGAAAUACAUGUACUUGUUUUAACAAUUGCACUGUAUUCGUACCAAGUGAAUAUGUGCCAUUUGCAGCAUUUGGCAAGUAUCAAAAGUAAGUACAUUAUGUUCAUGUUUGAAAUAUCAGAAACUUUGCCACUAAUUUGAACAUUACUGUUGUAUAUAUAGGUGCAUCUCCUGAUGGGAUGAAACAGUGUUCAUGCCAUGGAAGAACUGUGAUUGAGAUCAAGUGCCCAUACAAGUACAGGGACAUCUAUCCUGCUGCAGAUCUGUGUCUAUCAGAUGCCAACUACUGUUUAGAUAAGGAUUGUAAGCUAAAGACAGGGCACAGAUAUUACACCCAAGUCCAGACACAUAUGCUGGUUACCGGUGUCUCAACAUGUGAUUUUGUAGUGUGGACUAAUGCAGGCAUGGUUGUAGUAAAUGUUCCAAGGGACCAGUCACUGUUAAAUGUAAUGUUGUCUACAUGUGUCCAGUUUGUAAAGUCCAGUCUUAUCCCUGAGAUACUGACCCACAAGUUACAGUGUGGAGACUCUGGAGUAGAUGUGACUUUCCAGGAAGAUGAUGACCCAAACAAACGUUACUGUUCUUGUCAGAAACCAGCAUAUGGCAGGAUGGUAAAGUGUGAUAACAAUGAAUGUGAGUCAGAAUGGUUCCAUUACAAAUGUGUUGGCAUCAAGAGAAAACCAAGGGGCCAUUGGUUCUGUCCCAGUUGUCAAUGCUAAAUCCUACUGGACAGUUUGAAAUACUAAAAAUACUAGUAUAACAAUAGAAGGCAUUUUACAGUUUUAUGUCAUGUUUUAAAAAACUAAUGUAAAACAAGUAAGAAUUGUACUUUGUGGUAUACUUAUUAUAUUGUAGUGGGCUUCCCAAAAAUUUGUUUUGUGUCCCUUUAACAUUUUACCUUCAAUCUCAGUAUUUUGAUAUACAGAAAAGGCCAGCUCGUGCAGACAACAUUGCCAUUAAAAAUUACUUGAUUAGCUUUGGAAGUAAGUUUGUAAGAGCCGCACAGAUAACAACACUGUCACUGAGUAGAGGGGCAAAUGUUAAUGGACAGAUUUGGCUGAGAAUUUGGAAGUUCUUGAUUCUUUCAAUUGCACGUUCUACAUGAAUUCUUAGAGCUGAUAUCUGUCUGGCAUCUUGGACGAUACGCCCCGGGAGUUGUGUCCUUCCUGUGGUAAAUGGUGGCAUAACUAGUGUUGCUCCUUUCAGGGCAAGUUCCUCAGAAAUGGUGAAUCCCCGAUCUGCCAUAAUCAUAUCACCAUAUUCCACUUUGUUAUAGAAACGACUUUUUAGCGUAAUGUCUUUAUCAGAAAUUCUUCCACCCCAGGAACUGGACAGAAAUGACACUGCUCCAUAAGGUGUAAUAC